GAAGCAUCGAUUUGAAAUCCAAAGCACAAAAGCCGCCGAUUCGGCUCAAUUCGGCCAACCCAACCCACGUGGGAAGCUGAGCUCGCGCCUCGCUUGAGGCCCUGGAAAGGACUUGGAUUCCGGCUCCGAUGAGGAAGGGCCCUCCAAGUCUGUGGUCUACCUCAGCGACGCCACCAUGCCCACCAUGGCUAGUAGCCUCAUGUCCUACAUCGCGGCCCAUGCUCCACAGCCUGGGAUCAAGCCCACCUCCGGGCGUUUCCUCUGCGGGCGACUGGCCGAGAGAUGGACAAUCAGCGAGCUGAAACGAGCACUGAGGCUGCUGCGCCUGCCCACCGACUACGUGCAGUCCCUGGAAGAUGAGGAGCUGGUCCCGGUGCUCGCCCAGCAGCUGGGCCUGGAGAACGUGAAGGAGCUCCACGGCAUCGGGGAGGCGCUUACGCUGGGCACACCAGAGGAGCUGUAUCGCAAGGCGCAGGCAUUGGGCUUCGCUCGGGCCCAGCAGUUGGGAUGGGAGGCCAUCCGAGCACAGGAGCAGGCCCCAGACCUGGCUAGGCUGGCAGAGUGAGGCAAGGGGGCGGCGUUUUUUCCCUUUGGGAACCUCAGGUGGCGAUC